CCCGCCGUGAUUCUCGUCGCACAAUUGCGCUUCUCCCACUCAAUUCGACCUUGUCAGACCCUGUGAGACUGGGCGCUGUCGCUGUCUUUGUCUUUUGCUGGCCAUUCGCACCUUGACAUCGUAGCGCAUCGCAUCGCAACCCAUCGCAUCGGAAAGCUCCGUCCACCAGCUUCCAAUCCGUCCGAGUCGCUCACCUAGGAGCUCCGAGAAGCAACAAAAAUCAUCCAGGCGGAGACAGUAAUAGGAACAGGAACGGGAACGGGAACAGAAGAAGGGAAUCAACACAAGAGGUCGAAAUGUCGCAUCGCGGUCCUUCAGGUUACGGCAUUGGCGGCCCCAGCCCAUACGCUGGUGGCGGCGCCGGAGUUGGUGUUUCUGACGAGUCCAACGGAGGCAGCGUCCUUGACCAGCUCCGACCGUACACCAGCAAGGUCGAGGAUUUUCUGGACUCCGUCAGCGAGCCUAUUAAGCCAUACCUUCCCGCCAUUGGACGAUUCUUGAUCGUCGUCACCUUCCUUGAGGAUGCGCUCCGUAUCAUCACUCAAUGGAGCGAUCAGCUGCUCUAUCUCCACGACUACCGCCACAUUCCUACCGGUCUCAACCACCUCUUCCUCCUCUUCAACGUCAUCGCCAUGGUUUCAUGCUCUACUCUCGUCAUUACCAGGAAGUUCUCUGACUACGCUGUUGCCGGUCUCAUGUCUGUGGUCGUUAUCCAGGCUUUCGGCUACGGUCUGAUCUUCGACCUCAACUUCUUCCUGCGAAACUUGUCCGUCAUUGGCGGUCUCCUCAUGGUCUUGUCCGACUCUUGGGUUCGCAAGACCAAGGCCUUUGCCGGUCUCCCUACCUUGGAUGAGAAGGACAAGAAGAUGUACUUCCAGCUGGCUGGUCGUGUGCUUUUGAUCUUCCUCUUCAUUGGCUUUGUCUUCAGCGGCCAGUGGUCCUUCUGGCGCGUCAUUGUCUGCAUCCUCGGUGCCGGCGCCUGUGUCAUGGUUGUCGUGGGUUUCAAGGCCAAGUACAGCGCCACGCUGCUGGUCGUCAUCCUGAGCGGCUUCAACCUGUUGGUGAACAACUUCUGGACUCUUCACCCGCACCACCCGCACAAGGACUUUGCCAAGUACGAUUUCUUCCAGAUUCUGUCCAUUGUCGGUGGUCUGUUGCUCCUGGUCAACAGCGGCCCCGGCCAGUUCAGCAUCGACGAGAAGAAGAAGGUUUACUAAAGCCGAGUAAAAAUAAAAUACGGACAAAAUCGCAUGUUUGGAUUCGCUGACAUGUGAGCACUGUGGCUCCAUGAUUUGGAACUGCGCCACAAACUCUUGGAGUUAUUUUUUCUUCCAUUUUUGGGUCGUCAGGGAACAACGGGAAGUGGAUUUGCUAGGUAUGAGUUUACAUGACAAAGUAUGGUCUUUACGAGUCGCUGCAAGUUUUGCACAUACUACAUAGAGAGAAAAAAACAAUCUGUCUCGGGAGUCACGGAGGGAGAAGGGGGCUAGGAUACGAAAGAGAAAAAAAAACCAAUCCUCAAUUAACUCUUUACGCACCAAUUCUGUCGUGCAUUGGGGGUUGUGAUUGAUGCAGCCAUCUGCUAGUUAAACUAAGUUGCAUUAUUUGUAUAAACAGCAGAUUGAAUCGUGGCAGC